AUGUUGGCCAGAACACUUCGACCGAUUUCUAAGGUGUUCAGAAGCAGUGCCAAGUAUUCUCAAGCUGCUGGUCUGCCAUUAAACGAAGGAAGCGCAGCUCCACUACCAUCAGAAGACAGAGCCAUCUCAUCGAAAGUUAGCUCUCUGGUAGAAGAAAUCGCUAAUCUCAGCUUGCUCGAUGUCUCCGAUCUCAACUGGGCUUUGAAAAAGCGGCUCAACAUCCCAGAUCAACCACUGAUGGCAGCUUCCGCGUUCGCACCAGCUGCUGCUGCUGCUCCAGCAGCGCAAGCUGAAGCCGAAGCAACUUCCGAUGUUCCCCAAAAAAUGACAUUCACCGUGAAACUCACAAAGUUCGACGACACCAAAAAGAUCGCAAUUAUCAAAGAGAUCCGUAAUGCGAUUCCUGGACUCAAUCUUGUUCAAGCCAAGAAAUUUGUUGAAACCGCACCAGUCAAUGUAAAGGAAGAUCUCGGAAAGGCCGAGGCAGAAGAAUUGAAGGGUAUCUUGGAGAAGGCUGGUGCUGUUAUCGAAAUUGUUUAA